CGGCUCCGGUGAGGCGUUAUCAAUUCAUUCCGCGGGGGGCGGGGGAAAAGGGAAACAUGUCGGAGACCGAGGAGAGGCCGAGCGCCAACUUGAACCUGAACCCGGCCGAGGGGCAGACGGACGAGGCGAGCGCGAAGCCGGGGGCGAUGGCGGCCGAACCCCAGAUGCAGGCUCCGGGCCCGGGACAGAUGGAUAGUGGUGAUGCAGCAUUUAUAUUCAAAAUGCCUAAACCUGAAGUUAAAGAGGAGGAUCCUGCCUAUGAAGAGAAAAUGAAAGCAGAUAGGGCAAAUAGAUUUGAUUAUCUGCUGCAACAGACUGAGCUUUUUGCCCACUUUAUCCAACCUGCUGCACAGAAGACUCCGACCUCACCUUUAAAGAUGAAACCUGGGCGUCCUCGCAUAAAGAAAGAUGAGAAACAGACACUUCUGUCGGUUGGAGACUAUCGGCAUCGCCGUACAGAACAGGAAGAGGAUGAAGAAUUACUGUCAGAAAACAGCAAGACAACCAAUGUCUGCACAAGGUUUGAAGAAUCCCCAUCAUAUAUUAAAGGAGGAAAGCUCAGAGACUACCAGAUACGUGGCCUGAAUUGGUUGAUUUCUCUAUAUGAGAAUGGCAUCAAUGGAAUCUUGGCAGAUGAGAUGGGUCUUGGGAAGACUUUGCAAACUAUUGCUCUUCUUGGGUACAUGAAACAUUACAGAAACAUUCCUGGACCUCACAUGGUUCUAGUCCCUAAAUCUACACUGCACAACUGGAUGCUUGAAUUCAAGAGGUGGAUACCGACUCUUCGUGCCAUUUGUCUAAUAGGUGACAAGGAUCAAAGGGCUGCCUUCAUCAGAGAUGUCCUCCUCCCUGGAGAAUGGGAUGUUUGUGUGACAUCUUAUGAAAUGCUGAUCCGGGAGAAAUCUGUUUUCAAAAAGUUUAAUUGGAGGUAUUUGGUUAUAGAUGAAGCCCACAGGAUCAAAAAUGAAAAGUCUAAGCUGUCUGAGAUAGUGAGAGAAUUCAAAACAACAAAUAGACUGUUACUCACGGGUACACCACUUCAGAAUAAUCUACAUGAACUUUGGGCUCUUCUUAAUUUCCUUCUCCCAGAUGUCUUCAAUUCAUCUGCUGACUUUGAUUCUUGGUUUGACACAAAUAAUUGUUUUGGAGAUCAAAAGCUCGUUGAAAGGUUGCAUAUGGUAUUGCGGCCUUUCCUCCUCCGACGUAUUAAAGCUGAGGUAGAGAAGAGCCUACCACCAAAAAAGGAGGUCAAAAUGUAUGUAGGCCUUAGCAAAAUGCAGAGGGAGUGGUACACCAGGAUAUUAAUGAAGGAUAUUGACAUCCUGAAUUCCUCAGGGAAAAUGGACAAAAUGCGUUUAUUGAAUAUACUGAUGCAACUACGCAAGUGCUGCAACCACCCCUAUCUGUUUGAUGGAGCUGAGCCUGGCCCACCUUACACUACUGACACUCACUUAGUAGUUAACAGUGGAAAAAUGGUGGUAUUGGACAAACUGCUGCCAAAAGUGAAGGAACAAGGUUCUCGUGUGUUGAUUUUCAGCCAAAUGACCAGGGUGCUGGAUAUCUUGGAAGAUUAUUGUAUGUGGAGAAACUAUGAGUAUUGUAGACUAGAUGGACAAACUCCACAUGAGGAGAGACAAGAUUCUAUUUCUGCUUUUAAUACUCCUGGGAGCUCAAAGUUUAUCUUCAUGUUAAGUACACGUGCUGGUGGUCUUGGUAUAAAUCUAGCUACAGCAGAUGUAGUAAUUCUGUAUGAUUCUGACUGGAAUCCUCAGGUUGACCUGCAAGCUAUGGAUCGAGCCCACAGAAUUGGUCAAACAAAAGUAGUCAGAGUCUUCAGAUUUAUAACAGACAACACUGUAGAGGAAAGGAUAGUAGAACGUGCUGAAAUGAAACUUAGACUGGACUCUAUUGUAAUUCAGCAAGGAAGGUUGGUCGAUCAGAAUCUCAACAAACUGGGGAAAGAUGAAAUGCUGCAGAUGAUUCGUCACGGUGCUACCCAUGUGUUCGCUUCUAAAGAGAGCGACAUUACAGAUGAAGAUAUUGAUGCUAUAUUAGAAAGGGGAGAAAGAAAGACAGCUGAGCUGACUGAAAAGCUUUCACAUAUGGGUGAAGGUUCACUUAGAAACUUCACUAUGGAGACAGAGGUCAGUGUGUACAACUUUGAGGGCGAGGACUAUAGAGAGAAGCAAAAGUUGGCUCUAACUGAAUGGAUUGAACCCCCCAAACGAGAACGUAAAGCAAACUACGCAGUUGAUGCCUAUUUUCGAGAGGCUCUUCGUGUCAGUGAGCCCAAAGCGCCUAAAGCUCCUCGUCCACCAAAACAGCCCAAUAUUCAGGACUUCCAAUUCUUUCCCCCUCGGCUGUUUGAACUACUAGAGAAAGAAAUCCUGUAUUACAGAAAAACCAUUGGUUACAAGGUGCCACGUAAUCCUGAUCUACCAAACUCAGCUCAAGUACAGAAAGGAGAACAGUGCAAAAUUGAUGAGGCUGAACCUCUGAAUGAUGAUGAGCUUGAAGAAAAGGAGAAACUGUUAACGCAGGGAUUUACCAGCUGGACAAAAAGAGACUUUAAUCAGUUCAUCAAAGCAAAUGAGAAGUGGGGUCGUGAUGACAUUGAAAAUAUUGCCCGUGAAGUAGAGGGGAAAGUUCCUGAAGAAGUGAUUGAAUAUUCUGCUGUGUUCUGGGAAAGAUGCAAUGAGCUCCAAGACAUUGAGAAGAUUAUGGCACAAAUAGAAAGGGGAGAAGCUAGAAUCCAAAGGAGGAUCAGUAUUAAGAAAGCACUGGACACAAAGAUUGGACGUUACAAAGCACCUUUCCACCAACUGAGAAUAGCAUAUGGUACAAAUAAAGGGAAGAAUUAUACAGAAGAAGAAGACAGAUUUCUGAUCUGCAUGUUACACAAGCUGGGGUUCGACAAAGAAAAUGUUUACGAUGAGCUUAGACAAUGCAUUCGAAACUCUCCACAAUUCAGAUUUGACUGGUUCCUUAAAUCAAGAACUGCUAUGGAGUUGCAAAGACGAUGUAAUACUUUAAUCACUCUAAUAGAAAGAGAAAACUUGGAACUUGAAGAAAAAGAGAAAGCAGAAAGGAAAAAGCGUGGACCAAAAACUACAUCGGCACAGAAACGUAAAUCGGAUGGAGCACCGGAUGGGCGUGGCCGAAAAAAGAAGCUAAAACUUUGAAUUGUCUAUGCUCAUCAUGUCUGCAUAGUUAAUGUAUUUCAGUUCUACUGAGGAUGUAUAAAGCUUUGAUAGCAAUCUCGUAUGUGGUAUUACAGCAUCAUUCCCACUGGAAUAGUAGGAAUUAAUGUAGUCUAGAGUUUAUUGAAUUUUAAACAGCUGUGCUGAAUAUUUUUUUCUACCAUGUAAUAAAAUGGCUUCCAUUAAAAUCCAUGGAUUAUUUCUACACUUGUUUUAUAAAUGAGCCAAAUACAACUUU